ACUUCCAGCGGUGUACUAGAUUUGGAAAUCGCAGCUUUUAGCUGUGCCAUACUAUGUAUGACGUCAAUUCUGAUAGGCCUCACAGCCGGGGCGGUGAGCGAGUGCCUGCCUAGUCACGAAAGUUUUGUGGUGGCGGCCACGGCGCCACUAAUUGCCGCCAUGAUGUUAACAAGUGCCAUAGGAUUAUUCCAUGGCAAGUGCCAUCUGCUGCAGCGCCUCGAACUUCUUCCAGGUGAGUCGGUUCCAUUCAAGAAACUCUUCCAAGAAUCGCGCACCUACAGUCACGGAUGGUCUUUCGUCCUCGCCUGGAUAUGUGUCGUUCUCUGCCUUGUCAACUCCUUCGUCUGGCUAAACAAGGGACAAAAUAGCGGUUACCUCCCUUACCGAGGUGGUUUCGGUUACGGAGCCGAUAAGUACCAAUAUACACCGCCUUUAGUACCAAAGUCGGUGAUAAAACGACGCGAAAGUAUUCAUCGAUUCCUCUCCAGGGAGACCAUCGCCUCGUUGUUGUAUCGAACGAAAUCUGUGUCCGACCAAAGAAAAGAUCAUUCCAACAGCAGCAUAAACACAGACGACAAACGGUUUUAUCCUGAAAGUUAUGCCAUGUCAGAUGACAGAGCUCUUAUCAGCAGCUCCUCCUGUGACCUUUAGAAUGCAUUGGAAUCAAUCGUCGUUAUCUUCUUGUUCUCUAUUAUUCCUUUGUUUGUUGGGUUGAAGCUCUAAACUUUCAGCUCGAAAAGCAACAACACAAACAAGCAAAAACAACAGAAGUUACUGGAAGGUUUUGCUG